UUAAAAUUGAACAAUUUCAAGUAUUUGGCAAAUAACAAUAAACCAAUACUUAAUACAAACUGCAAUAUAAAUAUUAUCUGUAUGUCAGUUCAGCAAAUACUCAACAAAAACGAUUUCUAUAUUAUUUGGCAGUUUAUAUGGCGACACCUUUAACAUUAUCAUUAGUUUAGUCCGUAUUGAAAUAGAAUAGUGGAGUUGAGCACAUCAUAAUAAAGAGCAGAAUCUAUGGGCAAGUGUAUAUCGAAAAAUCCUACAAGUUUAACGAUUGCAUUAUCUGAAAAAGAUUUGGCAACAGCCAGCCAUAUUUUAAGUAAAUUCACUGAAAGUUCCGAGUAUGUUGCACUUAAGGAUGAGCAUAGGAAUCAAUUAUGCGAGUACUAUGCUGUCAAGAGUACACCAAAUGGUGGCGACAUUGUUGUCAUCAGUAGCACAAGUAGUAGUUGUAAUGCUAGCCAAAAGACGGAGCAACCACAACAAGAACAGCAACAAAGGUGGCAGUAUCAAGAGUUGCAGCAGCAGGAACAAAAUUGUAAAGACGACUUUGCUCAAGAAGAAAACACUUGUUUACAUUCAUUGGACCAUUGGACAGUUACAAAAAGUAUACAAAAGCAGCAGAUUGUUAACAAUGAUGACAAGAGCAAUGAUGCAGUUGAUGAUGUACACCACAACACAAACAACGGCAGCAAAAACAACAACAGCGAAUGCAACAAAAAAGAUAACAAUGAUUAUGGUGACGUCGUUGAGUCUAUGCUAGUUUAUAAAAACGACCAUGGUGAUGACGAUGAGUAUGUCUCCGAGGAUAAUAAUGAUUAUGAUGAUGAAGACAAAUAUAUAACCAUUAUUAAAUGUUCAACGUCUUGUAGUGAUAAUAAUAACAACAGCAACAGCAAUAAUGAUAAUGGAGGUACUGUUCAAGAAAAUAUCAUCUAUGCUGAUAUAAAUCUUGCCAAUUGUAAUAACAUUUGUAAUAAUACCAACAUUAGUUGCAAUAAUGCGAAUAAUAUGGAUAAUAAUUAUUAUGCUGAAAUACCUCCCUACCUGGCACAACUGCUUUUAUAUCAACAACAACAACAAGAAGAGCAAUUGCAUCAGCCACCUGCUAGUCCAACACCUAAAACUGCUUCAUUAAUAGAUUAUUAUCUGAAUAAGAAAAAACUCAGUAAUAAACAACAUAAAGUUAAGAAAAAAUCAAAGCAGUCAUUAGCACCUGAUGACGAUGUGCCUAUGGAUACGUAUGAUGAUUGUCAUAUUAAGGGUCAAGCCGAAAGUAAAAAGAACUCAAAGAAACAGCACAAUGCAGGUGAAAUCCAAACGAAGGGGACAGCGAUGUCUUUCGGCUUUCGCAAAAACCUAAAUACAACACCAAAAAAACUAAAGAAACUAAUAAAGGGAGAGAACAGCAAACAUUCCAAGAAACAGGAUAAAUAUAAUGCCAACGAUAGUGAUAAUACGGAAAAAACUAACGGUAGUAGUGGUGGUGGUGGCAAGAUUGCUGGCGAUGGACUAAAUACGGGGGAUGGUAAUAGUUAUAGAACAGAUACUGUGAUAGAUACAAACAAUAAAAUUUGCACAGACAAACUAGUCACUAGGGAUGAUAAUGGAAAUGCAGAUUUGCUGAACAAUGUGUAUUUUGAAAAAAUGGGAGCAGCAGCCGCUGCGACUAUACAAACAAAUCAGAAUACAAGUGUUGGCGCUGGUGGUGGUGCUGUUGCUAAUGUUAAAUUGCCGGGCGCUGGAAGUCGUUUUGGUUUCCGUGGCACAUAUAGGCCCUCGUCUACGGACAUAACAUCACGCCAACAGAGAGAAUCCCAUGAUAAUAUUGAAAAUAAUAAUUACAACGCUAAUGGAAAUAAUACUAAAGGUGUGCUGGUUAGCAAUUUGAAACGUCGUUCAAAGAGUGCACAUGCUGGCAGAACAACAUCGUCUUCAAAUGAAAGCGAUACCGAAACAGGCGCAGCACCCAGAAAUACUCAAACAAAAACGAUAACAUUCAAUUUAAAACAAAAUAGCACUAUAGAGUAUGAUAGACGUCAGUUCUUUGAGCAGCCGGCACUAAAUACACAAACAACAACAACAAGUGGCAACAUGAAUUAUCGUGCCAGCCACCAUAAUAUGGCAACAGGCCUACUACACCACAAUAAUGUCAUAGUACGUCCAACACCCAGAGUAGCUGCAACAGCAAUGGCAACAGCAUAUUCAAAAUUCACUUUACAAACUGUUAGCUUGCCAAAGCCUGAAUUUGCUGUGGCCAUUAGUAUUAAUGCUACCACACCUACAACACCAGCCAACAAUUCGUAUGUUGCAACGCAGGCAUUGGGUGCGGGUACGCGUACAAGAGAACAUUCAUCUGGUCGUCAUCCAGUAAUGGUGGGACAGUCAUCUGUGCAGGGAGCUCAGCGUAUGGAUGCCAAACAGGCCAAACAUAUGACAAAUAGCACAAGACGUACAUUUAGUGGCAGUCGAGAGAUUUCAGCAGAUUCAGGCAUAGCCAGCAUAGAUAUGGCAUUGGAUAGUUCCACAUCUAGUGGGGCGGGAUCAGUGAAACGUACAUCUUCACCUAAACGUAGUCGCAGUCGUCCCCGUAAUUUACAAAUGGUGAUGAAUGGUCGCGGUAGAUUUGAGGUGAAGGAUUUAGAUGAUUCACUAUCCAGUGAAAGUAGUUCGAUUGUGGAGCCUUUAGCUUUACCUAAAUUACCGGCUGAAAAUCAAACGGUACCCUUACCCUUAAGUGGUUUAAUACGCUCCAAUACGGUUUUAAGUAGAGAAUCAUAUGAGCUAAGGAACUCAGUUGCCAAACAUAAGGAAAAUUCCGCAGAAGCGGAUGCUAAACCUCUACAUCAGGCCAUUACAAAUUUAAUCAGCCGUCAAUCAUCAGAAGAGGACAGUGAAUCGGUAGAUGAGGAAAAAUUACAUUUGGAUCGUUCAGCCACUGAAAAGGGUUUGAAGGAACGUCAGUUUAAGGACAUUAACACUUGCUCCAGUAAGACAUCGUCUCCCGGUAGCUCAGUUAUAUCAUCCUGGUGUAAUGCGGGCGAAUCAUUGGCUGCAAAUGAUUUCAGUAAUUUGAGUAUCAGCAGUAGUGAAGACAGUAACAAACAGGACAAUAAGUUGGAAGAUAAUCGCAAGGAAAUUGAAAAUAAAUUAUCGUUUGAUCUAAAUGAUGAUGAUUUGAUUACUUUAAAUACUGAUGUACCCAUUAGCACAAUAUCCUCACUCACAGAACCUGUACCGCUCAAUAUAAAUGAUGAAAUUGACAAUGCUGCAAAAUUAGACACAACUCUGGCUAUAUUUGAAAGUGAGACCGAUAAGUUUGAACGUCCAAAAUCAUUUUGUGAUACUCUUAAUGAAACUAAAUUCGCUGAAAUGGCUUUAGAGGGUAGCACUUUCCUACUGGAAGAUGAGACUUCGCCCACAGAUAGUUUAGUGAGUAGUACCGAGUCGGAGGAAGCGGCUUGUAAGCAAAAGAAACAUAAAAUGAAUGAAGAACUGCAAGAGAAAGAUAUUGAUGAGAUAUCACCCGAAUUGGAUUUGGCUAGUCCUCUAUCGCCUGGCACCCCUACGCAUGCUUCACAUUCCCUAUCCCUCUCCGAUUGUGGUAACUUAAUUGAUGAUGAAAUCGCCGAUCAGCCAGCUUUACUAUUUAACCAAGACUCUCAAGAUGGUGGUGCUGAGAGUGGCACUUCUCGCCGGGAUAGAACCGAUACACCUACACUAAUGGAAAGUAUGGGUUCAAUGCGUGCUUCUAUAAAUAAAUCACGCAGUGCUCUGCAUCAAGCUAUGGAAUUAAGUUUGCGCACACCUUUAUCUUUACGCAAAGCCGUUAUGGAAAGAGCAGAAUCUUUAGAUACUCUAUCACCUUGUGAAUCCAUUUGUUCGGAUGAUCUAAUGAUGGAUUUUGAUGUUGCCAGCAGUAUGGAUUCUAUAGAUAGAUCUGCUUCGAUUAAGAGUCGCAGUGGUUCUGAUUUGAAUAAUAUCGAUGAUAAUGAAUUGUUCUCUGAAUUCGAUCGUAAGGGCAGUGAUGUUAUGAGGGAAUUAAAUUCGAUAUUACGUACACGCUCUCAAAAGAGUUCUGACAAGGAUAUCACUGCACAUUUGCCUGCACGUGCUACUCGUCUAUUGAAUCGUUCUCGCAUGCAGCAGCAUUGUACUUUAAAUAACGACGAUUCGGAUAGUACUAAAUCUCCUUUGACGGGUCGACGUCGUACGAAUACAACAUCUUCACGCACCUCAACAGCAUCGUCUACCAAUAAUAAUAAUAAUAGCAACAGCAACAACAAUUCAGCAAAUUCAUCGUUGCAACGUAAAUUUUCACAUCAUCAUAAUCAUCACCAUCAUCAUCAGGCAUCAUCAUCGUCUAGUUUCCAUCAACGCGAUACGCACAGUUCUUCGGACGAUCUCAUGUUGUAUGACAAAUCAUUUAGGAAUGCCAUGAUUCAAGAUGUGUUGCAGUUCAAAAAACAAUUGUUACGUUUACGUAAAAUACUGCAGGAGAAUGAAAAUUGUUUGACGAGGACCGAAACUCUCAAUCCAUUCGAAAAUGAUAAUGGACAACUAUUUACAUCCUGCGGUUUAGACAGCAAGCUGUUAGAUGACAUCGAUUUGGCCAGUUUGACAUCAUCAACAACCGAUGACCCCAUACAGGAGCUGGCGGAUCUACGAAGACAGGUGGUUUAUCUUCAGGGUCAAGUUGAUGAUCGUGAUCGCACAAUACGUUUGCAAAAAAAUCUCAUUGAAAAAUUAGAGGCUGAAAAACUAAAAGCGCCACAUGCUGCUAAUGAAAUUACCACAAAGGAGUGUGUAGAUACAGCAACACAAACUGAAAGGACACGACCUUUAACUAUUGGCACAGAAAGUUUGUCGAGAAGUAAACCAGAAUACACCAGUUAUACCACAUAUUUCCCAGCAAUAUGCAGUGAUUCCACAACCAUAAUUCAACAUCAUCAACAAAAUCCCGCUGGUUGUUUGGCGAAUAAUCAAACUAGACGUCAUACUAUUAUUUCUACUACACUAACAAAUUAUAAUCAACAAUUAUCAACGCCACGUCAAACACCACGCAGAGCAUCAAUUGCCUGGGAAAAGCAGACUCCAUCAUAUAAGCCCGUUAAAAUAACACUCAUUGGUGACCCCCUGAAACAUUGGCAGAGUGAGGGUAAUUCGUUAAAUAAAAAUAAAGAUGAAGAAUUUAGUAAAAAUUUUAUUAAUACAAAUUUAAAUAAUAAUAAUAAUAUUAAUAAUAAACAACCAACACUAAUGCAACAAGAGAAUACCCAUAAUAAUAUAAUAUUAAAUUCAAAACAUCAUCAUCGUCUGCAGGACAUAAUGGUGGCAAAUGAAAUAAAAACAAAAAAUCAUCAUCAGCAACAGCAUCAACGUAGUAAUAAUCAACAACAGCAACAACAACAACAUCAUCUUCAUAAUAAUAAUCAUCAUCAACAUCAUCAUAUUCAACCAAAUAUUCAGCAGCAUCAACAGUCGUCGCAUCAAUUUUAUAAAACAACAUCACAUCAACACAAUAAUUUAAAACCAACAGUUACUAUAGUUUAACAACAACAAAAAACUAACAUACAUAUAUAUUUCUAUAUAAUUUUUAGUGAUCAAGAAAAAUAUAGUUACAUUUUUUAAACAAAUCAUUAAGUUUUCAACGAAAGUCGUUAAAUUGUGUGUUUGAAAGGGACAUGUAACUACCUAGACUACUUAGGUAGUUACAUGUACAUACAUAUGAAGAGUUUCAUAGUUAAAAAAUUUACUAAUGUUCAUGGCACUCUCUGUCCCUGUAGGGACUUUUAAAAAUUUGAAAAUUCUUAAGUAUUUCUUUCUUUGGCAAAAAUUAACAGAUUCUACUCUGGAUCUGGAAAUGUAAAUUUCUUUUCAUUACAAAAGACCCAAAACUAAGUCGUAUUGCUAAGUGACCCUCUAUUCUAAUGCAGCUAUUAAAGAUAUCGACAUAUGGGUCGUUGAUCCACAAGAUUAUAUAUAUUUUGGGUCCUUAUCAGAUUUUCAGCCUAUCUAAUCAUUUUUGUACUCUUAUCUGUCCGUCCGUUUGUGACAUUUAACUUCUCGACGUCUUAAAAUCUUCUCAACUACUAGACCACAUGAUUCAUGUUAGUUCCAUUUAAGGUAAUAUUUCCCCGGACUAAGUCAUUCAGAUGUCUUAUCAAAGUUCAUAAUUUAUGCAGAUUUAUGGGACUUGGCAGAGAAACGUUUAAUGAAACCUAAAGAUCAAUUUACAUGCUUAAUUAAUCCUAUUUAUACCGUACACCACUAUAGUGGGGAGGGUAUUAUGCAUUUGUGUUAACUUUUGUAACACCUUAAUGUAUAUAAAUCGGCUCAGAAUCACUUUCUGAAUCGAUUAAGCUUUGUCCGUCACUCCGUCCGUCUGUCUGUGUGUUCAUGUAAAGAUUGUGCGCACGCUACAGGUCGCAAUUUUCAAGAUAAUUUGAUGAAAUUUUGCAGAUAAUCUUUCUUCGAUCCAAGGACGAAACCUAUUGAAAAUGCUUAAAAGCGGUUUAUUAUUUCGGCUAGCCUCCAUACAUACCCUCCGAAUAGGGCCUGUUUUUAUAUAGGGCUUAUAAUUAGCUAAAAUGUUGUAAUAACUCUACAAAAAUCGACAAAUUUAGUUUUAUAUAGGUCUAAAUUAUACUGCCGAUUUUUAUAAUGAUCGGGUCUCAAUACACCUUCAGAAAAUGACUUCUAGAUCAAUCCACUUGUAAACACUAGUAUUAUUAUAAAAUUCUACAUAAAUAAAUUUAAUGGAAAUGUAAAUCCCUCUACUAAAAUUUAUAAGCAUAGGCUCAUAUUGCCCCUAUCAUGAAAUAUUUCGGAGGUAAAAAACAACUUAAAUGAUUGUUUAUUAGAAAAAUUCCACAUUUUUAACAUACGUACUGGUGUAGGGUAUCAUAAGGUGGGCCAUGACCGACUACACAUUCGUAGAUGUUUUUAUUUUGAGGUUCAGUCAUUAAAUAUUUGUCUGUAGUUUAAUCAAAGUGUGGUAUUUUUACCUGUCUGGUAGAAGUCGAGGGUUCGAUUCUCAAUUGAAUCUUUACUUUGUUUCUUUGCAAGCAGUAAAAAAGAACAUCCAAAGAAGCGGAAAAGAAGUAGAAUUUACUCUAUGGAAGUAAUGAAAAAGACCUGCAAAAGUAAUGGUUUUAACACAGGCUUGUUGUAGGAUGGAUGUCCUUAUUAUUUGAUUCCAAAUUUAUUCUCAAGAAGUAAUUUUUAUGUUCUUUUUUGGAAGUUAUUUGGGAGUAAAAUUGUUGAUUUAUAGAAGACAACUAAUUUGACUUAAAUAAUAUGGGAAAUAAGGUUUCUUCGGAAGUCAUUAAACUUCACUUCCACAAAAGGUGAAAAAAUUCACUUAGUGCUACUUUUGAUGUGGUGAUAAAUGUUAUUAUUUUGGAAGUGCUUCGUUUUAUUUUUGUUGGGACGGUUACCGGUUCACUUUUUCCUCUUCUGAAUUUUCGUUUUAACUUGAAUCUCUUCAUAUAUUUAUGUAUAUGCAAAAAAUAAUUAUCGCAAUUUAACCCAACUAAAAUCCAUAGUUUAUUUGUUAAACAAAUAUUCUGAAAACCUGAACUUAUUGUUAUUAUACUCUCUCCAAAUCUCUUUGUUUGUUUUUCUUAUUAUUACUUAACGCACAUUUUAAUAUAAUUAAUAUUUUAUCAAACUAUAAAAAAAAUUAACAAUUAACAUAAAAACAAUAACAACACAAAACCUGUUAUAUAAAUAAUACAAUUUACAAAAGAAAUUUAAGCCUUUUUAAAUAAAAAAAAAUAAAAUCCCCAGCCAAUUGCAACAAAUUUCGCCUUUUUCAUACAAAAUAUUAUAAAAAACUCAUUAGAUGCAAUAAAUAGUACGAAUACAUUCACAAACAACAAAGAGAAUAAAACAUAAAAUAUUUAAAUAAUAAUGAAAAAUAAGUAUUAUUAAUUCAUAUUAUUAUUAUUACUAAUACAAACAGUAUAUUUACAACGUAUGUAUGUAAUAUUUUAUAAAAAACAAAAAAAAAAAAACAUAAUCCCCCAUUUAAUCAAGUAACAAGAAAAAAUCAAAAAACAUUAAACAAUUAAUGUCCAAUUAAAACCCCAAAUACAUAAAUGUUAAAACAUUUAGUCCUUCUUCUAUAUUUUUAAAUUUGGUAAAAAUUGUUCUCAUUUCCUUUUUAAGUUUUAGCCGUAACACAACAACUAUUAGCAAGAUCUUAUUUAUCUAAGUAUUACUUACAAAUUAUUAGUUUAUAUUGAUUAAAUUUUAAGUUUUAUUAUCUUAUUUAAAAUUUGUUGUUAGUUAGCAAUUAAUAAUUGCACCUAUGUAUACUUUAAACAUAUUUAAAUAUUUUAUUAUAAAUAUACUCACUGAUUUGUAAUUUUUAAAAAUAUUUAUUUGAAAUUAUUCGUUUUGUUUAAAUUACGUUUAAGUGAAAAUUAAGCAUUCAAAUUAAUGUAAUUUUAAUUGCAUCCAAACAAGCUAAGCUAAUAAUGUAGCAUCUAUCAAUAUUAUUUUUUGGAUUAUUUUCAAAAUAUAACUUUUUG